CUUGUGGUCGUGGCAAGAUGUCUAGUCCGCAAGUCAAUCAAGGGCUUUGGUAUCGACGACUGGACGAUGUUGGUUGGACAGAUGCUAUUCUUUUCCACCUGCUGCGUCUGCUUGUGGGGAUGCCAUGAAGGGUUUGGCGUGAGAGAUGUUGAAUUGACGAUGGAGAAACUGGUCAAUGCGAGGCAUGCUGCAGCUACCUUCGAAUGCGUCUAUCUCGCCUCUCUCAUCUUCGUCAAACUAAGCAUUGGCUUUGCUUUGCUCCGUAUCACAACACACAGAUCGAUUCGCCACUUCCUUUACUUCAUCAUGACACUUUCAUCGAUCUCCGGUUUCAUCUGUAUGGUGGCAAUUCUGUCCAUGUGUCAGCCUCUCUCGGCGACCUGGACAGGCAUGGGGAAAUGUGCGCCGCCCAGCGUGCUCAAAUGUGUAGCGAUCUAUUUGACGGUCUCGGCUUGCAUUACUGAUUUUUCUUGCUCCAUCCUGCCUUUCUUCAUUCUUUGGAAUCUUCAAAUGGCCAGGAGACUCAAGUUUACGUUGGCUGUUGUCCUAAGUCUAGGUUUCCUUGCCAGUGCAGCCACGGUAGUACGUGCUUGCUACUUCGACCGCUUCCUAGCCAGAGUAGACUAUGUGUGGGGCUUCUCUGAUCUCGCUCUAUGGUCUGUCAUCGAAGGUCUCAUCGGCAUUACUAUCGGCAGCGUGCCCAGCCUAAAGCCCAUGUUC